AUGAUGGACGGGUUGGAUGACUGGGCAGGCGUUGAAGACCCAGACUGGAAGGCUAACCACCAGCUCUCGUGGGAGCAGCUCACAGACGUCAGGGAGAUCGGGAAGGGGUUGACUUGCACCGUGUUCACGGCUAGCAUCCCCGGGCGAAAGGCGAAGGUCAUCGCCAAGGUGGCGAGGCCGAGGAACAAGGGCAGGCUAGAGGACCAGGCGGAGCGACAGCUGGAGGCAGAGUUCAACGUGCUCAGACAGGUGAACCACCCUCACGUGGUCGAGUUGCUGGGAGCAGGUUUCACCCACGAAGGCAGACGUUUUCUUCUCCUGGAGCACCUGCCCGAGGGAACCCUGGGAACGUUCCACGCUCUCAGCGAUAGGGAGCAGAUGCGCGGUCCAUCGGCCUACCGGACACUCAAGCAGGGGUUUCGGCGGUUGACGAAGGACCUGAACUACACGCUGGGAAGGGUGUUGCAGGUGGCGGAGGCUCUGCAGUACUUGCACAACGACGCCAUCCCAGGUGCCGUGGUGCUUCACCGGGACAUAAGACCAGACAACAUUGGCCUUGCUCGUGGGGAUGCUGUUAAGAUGUUCGAUUUCGGGCUGUCGAAGGCGAUAGCGAAAGGCCACAGCCUCGUCGGGGAGGCCGGUAGCCUGCGUUACGCCGCUCCCGAGGUUUCCAUGGCGUUACCGCACGGGGACAAGGCCGACGUGUACAGCUGGGCCCUGCUGGCGUGGGCAGUAGCUUCCGGGAGCACUCCCUUCGAAGGGAUAGGGCGAAGCGCUUUCUACGCAAGAGUCGUGGUUGGAGGAGAGCGACCGGAGGUGGACCCUAGCUGGCCGAAGGAGUUUAGGACCCUGCUCAACGAUUGCUGGAGCGGUGACCCUUCCCUACGGCCCGAUAUUGCCGAGGUUGUUGUCCGCAUGAAGGCCAUCCUUCACGUUUCCCCGUGA